GAAUAUACGUUUGGCUCAGUCCGAGUCCACAUUAUCUUGUCUAUGUUAUGUAUGUUUGGAUCUCGGUCUCAACAAGCAUUGAAUUUGGUGUUGUUAAAAAGUUCUUUGCGCGGUAAUGUUUAAAUGAGCUUUAUUUUAUUUACGUAGGUAAAAUUGAUUUCCAUAAAUGAAUAUGAUAAAUGAUAAUAGAACAUUAGUAUGCGAAUGAAAACGAGAUAGAUCACAAAACUAAGGGAUCAUAAGAGAUCAUGUACAAUAGUUCAGGUUUGAUUCCUGCUAGAUUUUUAAUUUUGAUAUCCCACUUCAUUAUUUGUGUACUAGUAUUAUGGAACAAGGAGAAUAUGAGGGAAUGUGUAGAGAAAAUGGAUAUGGGGGAAAAUGUGAUAUCAUUCAACUAUCACAACACUCAGAUAAACAAUUAACACAGCCAGGAUGGACGAAGCUUCUUAUGUUGGCUGGUAUAUCAACAACUUUGGGUCUUUCCCUACCAGUAGGAUACCAUAUUGGAGUUGUGAAUACGCCUGCAAACAUCAUGAAAGAAUUUUGUAAUGAGAGCAUGCAAACAAGGUAUGACCUGUAUAUGACCAAGAGCCAACUAGAUCUGUUAUGGUCGUCAAUCGUGUCCAUUUUUUUGGUGGGAGCUGCAAUAGGAUCACUCGGUGGUGCAGUUCUGGCCGACAAGAUUGGCCGAAGAGGUGUUUUGAUAGUGAGUUCCGUUCUAGGAAUAUCAGCAGGUUUACUUUUUGUUGUAUCAAAGCCAACACAUUCUGUAGAGAUGCUAUUUUUGGGAAGAUUGUUGGUAGGGUUUUCAGCAGGUUUGACUACAAGUGUUGUACCAAUGUAUUUGACUGAAUUAGCACCUAUUAGCCUAAGGGGUGCAAUGGGGGUACUAUGUCCCUUGGGAAUCACUAUUGGCGUUUUGCUGGGGCAAAUUAUAUCCAUACAUGAUGUGUUAGGUACCAAAGAUUUAUGGUCUUAUUGCAUGGCUGCUUAUGUGCUUCCUCUGUUUUUUUCUACAUUGACACUGCCAAUUUUGCCUGAAAGUCCGAAAUAUCUCUUUGUGAUAAAGAAAUCACCAAACAUGGCCUUGAAACAAUUGAAAAAAAUUAGGAAUUUAGAAGAAGAAUUCUUAACUGCCGAAAUCAAUGAAUUGAAGGUGGAACAACGAGAAAUUGAACAACAUGUGGGAGAAUCAUGGAAUAUGAGAAUAGUGUUGUCUAAGAAGUCGCUUUUAUUGCCAGUUUUACUAGUAUGUUCUCUGCAAAUGGGACAGCAAUUUAGUGGCAUUAAUGCGGUAUUCUAUUACUCCAAUGUAAUAUUUCAAGAAGCUGGCUUAUCAACAUCUCAAGGAGAGCUUGCUACCAUUGGAACAGGUUUUUGUAAUCUGUUUAUGGCUGUAUUAUCAAUAUGGUUUACAUCGAGGUUCGAUAGGAGAGUUUGUUUGCAACUUAGUAUGAUCUUGUCCAUAUUUUUUUUGAUUUUACUAGGAUUUGCUAUCAUGUUCAUUAAAUCUUAUACAUGGAUUCCUUAUCUGAGUAUUAUUGGGGUGUUAGGUUUCGUAACUACUUACGGGAUAGGUUUAGGCCCAAUCCCAUAUUUUGUGGGUUCUGAACUCUUCGAGAUUGGUCCUAGACCAAGUGCAAUGUCUUUGGGUAGUAUGUCCAAUUGGGCUGGUAACUUAAUUAUUGGUUUGACUUUUCCCACCAUGAAGACUUACAUUGGACCAGCAAGUUUUUUCAUUUUCGCCUGUUUUGUUUUGAUUCUACUGAUAUUUAUAAGAUUUUAUCUUCCUGAGACGCGAGGUAGGGAUAUUGCCGAAGUUGCCGCACUUUGUCGGAAUGGUUUUUCAUCAAGGCCUUUAGAAACAAGAGAAAUUGCAAGAAUGAAAUGUGAAGAGACACAAAAGAUAUAUGGAAAUCAAGUCGCUUGAUAUCUGUUGGCAAGGCGUAUAUUUUAAAACGCCGAAAUUUUAGAUGUACCACUUUAGACUAAUUUGGGAUAUUUUUGUAAUCAUUCAAGUGUACUUAAUUAUCUUAUCAAUAUUUUAAUUUAGCAUACUUUAAAAAAAUGUACUUUUUUAUUCGCUCAAAUUGAAUAUUUCAAUAUUCACGAUAGUCUUUUCUAAUGACAAUUUGACUGCCAUUCAAAUUAAAUAUUAGAAACAA